CAGAGGAGAAGAGGAGCAGAGGAACGAGGAGCAGAGGAGCGAGGACAGGAGAAAGAAAUGAGUGGAGCAAAGAGGAGGAAGCUUACACACUUACGAGAUGAGCAGGACAGGGCAGAUGAUGAGAGAGGAGCGGAGCAGUUUGGACAGGAGAGAGAAAUGAGUGGAGUAAAGAGGAGGAAGCUUACACACUUCAACAAAAGAGUAGAGCAGAGGCAGGGUGAUGAGAGAGGAGCAGAGGAGCUCGAACAGGAGGGAGGAGCAGAGGAAAGUGGAGCAGAGGAGCUCGAACAGGAGGGAGGAGCAGAGGAGCUCCGACAGGAGAGAGCUACUAACCCUGUGACGAAGACUUCACCACCAAAGAAGCGCCUCUUACCCAGAGAUGAAACUCAUCUAACAGUGAAGAAGAGGAAGAUGGAUGCUCCCUUGUCAUCCGAUUGUGUUGAAGCCUCAACGUCUUCCUGUAAUCCUGCAAACAGAAUCAAAAACCUGAAGCAGCCCACAACCGGUCCGAGAGCUUUGCCAUUUAAAAUCCAAAGAGAUGAUGCUGCAGUGCUGACCAGCACUACGGAAAACUCACUUCAUGUGUUUGUCAGUCGAACCAAAGACCUGGAACAGCCUGAAACUAGCCAGCUGCUAGCUACAGUCCAGACCCAUGAAUCCAACAGGAAGGGUCAACAAGAUAGGCUGAAGACAAGAAGAUCAGCUGGAGAACAACUCCAAUACACCAACAGACUGAGUUCCCAAAAACACAAACUGCAAAGAUCACCAAAUCACCAAAAAUCAGCUCAGAGUUUCUCUUCUCCUGUUUCAAAAACUGAAGAUAUCCCGAGAACAGCAGUGUUUCUCUGCUCUUCUUGUUCAAAAACUGAAGAUACAAGUGCACAGCAGCACUUCUCUGCCCUUCGUGUUGUUCCUCUUCUUCUUGUUUUUCUCUGGAUUUUAUUGACGGUUGGAAACCAGCCUACAGGUGAUGCUGGAGACGGAUCACAGAACCUGAUGGAGAACUUACAGGAACUAAAAGGUUUAAUACCAGAAGAAUGUUUCAUGCAUGCUGAACAUUUUGUGAAAGACAUCCCUGAGGUCCAAGGGAACCACACAGAUCUGGUGAAAUUCUUUAAACUUUUGAAGGAACAUCUCAUAUCCCAAAAGCAGAAACCUGAUGGAGAUGCUGAACGCUUUGUGAAAGACGUCAUCGAGGUCCCAGGAAACCACAUAGAUCUGGAGAAACACUCUGAUCUUUCAAAGGAACAUCUCAUAUCUCCAAAGCAGAAAUCUGAUGGAGCAAAGGUGAAGGUGUACUCGGUGGUUACUGGUAAAACUUUUGGAGCCCAUCAAGUCCUACUGGACAAAGUGAAGAAUGUUGAAACCACCAGAGACCUGCAGGAAAGCCACGUCGUUAUCGUCUUCUGUCCAAUCACGUCUCGUGUUGGAUCAGAUGUGGAGGCAGCCAUGACAGACAUUAAAGGCUCCUGUGGUCAGAAACCUGUGAUCCUGGUGCUGAUGCAUCACACCAGAGAUGUUGACUAUUCAACUGAUGGAAAGAGAUGGUCUGACGUGUAUGACAACGUUGUGUUGGAUGUUCACGUUCUUUUCCACGAGACAGAGAGGGGAUUACUGACCUGUCCAAAGAAUCAUCAGGCAGUUGAUCAAAUACAGAAAGAGCUCCAGAAACACGCAGAUAAACACAGACUGAACAACAUACAAGAAAACCAAGAAGGGAGCAAGUCUGAGUCUGACGGACAAGAUCAGUGGAAGAUGGACUUCAAGAUUGCUAUUGGUUUUAUUCUUGGUGUUGGUGUUACUCUUCUUCUCCAGCGUACAGGUGAUGCUGGAACUGGCUCACAGGCUGACAAGUCCUCACAGACAGACUUUCAGCAUCCUGAACAUAAACUGGAUACAAGUUCUCCACGUCAUCCAGAGGAAGGUAACUCCAUCCCGUCAGCGUCCACAGGUGAUGAGCAGGAGUCAUCAGACAAGAAGGAUUCAGGACAACAGAGCAGUGAUGAUGGAGCAAAGACACAGGCUGACACGUCCUCACAGAAAGACCCUCAGAAUCCUGAACGUGAAUAUGUUGCACAGGAUGAGGUUGGUCAGGAUGACAACCAGCCUUCCUCCUCCACCAAUCAGGAGCGGGCCUGUGAUAUAAAGACUGGAAAUGUGGAAAAGGAACUGAGGGCAGUUCUUCAGAAACUGCAGCUGGACAUAUCAGAAGAAUGUUUUGACUCUGCUGAACUUGUGGUCAAGGAUUACAUCACCAAGAUGGCUGGCAGAGACUUAAAACAUCUUUUGGAUUUCUUUCAUCAUUUAAGGAACUCCAUCAAAUCUAACAAAGAGGAAGGUAGCUCCAUCCAGUCAGCGUCCACAGGUGAUGAGCAGGAGUCAUCAGACAAGAAGGAUUCAGGACAACAGAGCAGUGAUGAUGGAGCAAAGACACAGGCUGACAAGUCCUCACACUACCUGCCCAGCAGCAACCUGCAGACUCACACAGACGGGCUGCUGAAGCAAGUAGCACAUCAGACACAAAUGUUUUUCUGGAGUUUGUGGACACCAAGCAGAGCUGAAACUGAACUGGACUUAGAUUCAUCAGGAAAUAAUAAAAAAUCUCAGGCAGAGAGAUCUUUGAAGCUCUCUCAGCAAGUCACAGUGAAAGUCUUCCUGGUCGUUACUGGUGAAACCUUUGGUGCCCAUGAAGUCAUACUGGAGCAAGUAAAGAAAAAUAAACAGCUAACGGUGGAAACCACCACAGACCUCCAGGGAUGUGACAUCAUCAUCGUCUUCUGUCCAAUCAAUUCUCGUCUUCAAUCAGAUGUGGAGGCAGCCAUGAGAAACAUUACAGAUGAGAAACCUGUCAUCCUGGUGGCGAUGCAUCACACCCGAAAACCAGAGCAUUCAACUGGGAGGACCGCUGUGUCUGAGAAGUUUCCAAAUGUUGUGUUGGAUGUUCACGUUCUUUUCCAUGAGACAGUGAGCGGGUUAUUGACAUGUCCAAGAAAUGAUCAAUCAGUCAGUCAAAUACAGAAAGAGUUACAGAAACUCAGUAAACACAUCUGUAGUUCAUGAUAGUUUUAGUGGUUUUAAUGGCUGCAUUUGGAGCAACAACACAAAUGAAAUCAGUGAAGCAGCAGCAUCAUUACAUUAUGUUUUGUCUGUGCUCUUCCAUGGUGAUGGCUCAGGGGUUCAGGUCCUGGAACCAGCACCUGGACGUUCUCCAGAUCACUUUCUUCAUAUAUGUUAUAAAUCCAAUAUAAUUUUCCAUCCUGCUUCAUGCUAUAUUUCUGUGAUUGGUCCUUUUUUAUCUGUUCUAUACACACAUCAUCUAUUACAUGUCUGUUCUACAGAGGGAUCCUCCUCUGUUGCUCCUCCUGAGGUUUCUUCCAUUUUUUUGCCUUUAAAGUUAUCUUUUGAGGGAUUUUUUUCCUUAUUUGAAUCGAGGGUCUAAAGGCAGAGGAUGUUUAAGCUCCCUGAGGUUAAUCUGUGAUGUGUGAUAUUGGGCUAUACAAAUAAAAACCAACAGGACUUGACAUUAAUAGUCAUUAUUAAUUAAUGAAGUAAAGGGUAACGCUUUAUUUUACAGGUCCCUUAAUUUUAUACUUCUUUUUAUUUUUAUAUAUAUAUUUUUUUUAUUCCCUGCAAAUUAGAGAAUAAUUUGCAGGUAUUUAGGGGUACGUUUUUUGGACACCUUACAGAAAGGAUGGUGCAAUUUUGUACAAAUUAUAAGAAAAAUGAAACAAGUGUUAAGUUGUUUAAGUUGGUAAGUGCCCACUCACUCACUCAAGACUCUAAUAUGCUAAUAUGUAGUUUGACACACAAAACUACACACUGAAAAGUAUUUUCA